GGCGCAGAGUGCGGGCCGGGCGGGAGUGCGGCUACAGCCGGCGGCCGAGCGCAGAGCCCUGGGAGGCGGCGGCGGCGUGGUUGCGUGGCUGCGGAACGGCGCGGGAGCGAGAGGCGAGGAGCGCGCGGGCUGCGGCCAGGGUCUAGCGGCGGCCGGGCGGAGCGGAGGAUAGCGCCCGCGCUUCGCCGCGCGGAGGAGCCCCGCACACAAUAGCGGCGCGCGCAGCCCGCGCCCUUCCCCCCCCGCGCGCCCCGCCCCGCGCCCGCGCGCCCAGCGCCCCGCGCCGCCUCACCUGCCACCGGGGAGGGGGCGGGCAUUGUUCGCCGCCGCCGCCGCGCGGGGCCAUGGGGGCCGCCCGGCGCUCGGGGCCGGGCCUGGCGAGCCCGCCGCGCUGCCGCUGAGAGGGGCCCGGCGCGCAGCGCGGCGGCGCAGGUGAGGCCGGCCGCGCCAUGGUGGACCCGGUGGGCUUCGCGGAGGCGUGGAAGGCGCAGUUCCCGGACUCCGAGCCGCCGCGCAUGGAGCUGCGCUCAGUGGGUGACAUCGAGCAGGAGCUGGAGCGCUGCAAGGCCUCCAUCCGGCGCCUGGAGCAGGAGGUGAACCAGGAGCGCUUCCGUAUGAUCUACCUGCAGACGCUGCUGGCCAAGGAGAAGAAGAGCUAUGACCGGCAGCGCUGGGGCUUCCGGCGCGCGGCGCAGACCCCCGACGGCGCCCCCGAGCCCCGCGCGCCCGCGCCGCGCCCGCAGCCCGCGCCCGUCGACGGAACCGACCCGCCGCCCGCAGAGGAGCCGGAGGCCCGGCCCAACGGAGAAGGUUCUCCUGGCAAGGCCAGGCCCGGAGCCGCCCGAAGGCCCGGGACCGCCGCGUCGGGGGACCGGGACGACCGGGGGCCCCCAGCCAGCGUGGCGGCGCUCAGGUCCAACUUCGAGCGCAUCCGCAAGGGCCAUGGCCAGCCCGGCGUGGACGCUGAGAAGCCCUUCUACGUGAACGUCGAGUUUCACCAUGAGCGUGGCCUGGUGAAGGUCAACGACAAAGAGGUGUCGGACCGCAUCAGCUCCCUGGGUAGCCAGGCCAUGCAGAUGGAGCGCAAAAAGUCCCAGCACAGCGCGGGCUCCAGCGUGGGGGAUGCAUCCAGGCCCGCUUACCGCGGACGCUCCUCGGAGAGCAGCUGCGGCCUCGACGGCGACUACGAGGACGCCGAGUUGAACCCCCGCUUCCUGAAGGACAACCUGAUCAACGCCAAUGGUGGUGGCAGGCCCCCUUGGCCGCCCCUGGAGUACCAGCCCUACCAGAGCAUCUAUGUCGGGGGCAUGAUGGAAGGGGAGGGCAAGAGCCCGCUCCUGCGCAGCCAGAGCACCUCGGAGCAGGAGAAGCGCCUCACCUGGCCCCGCAGGUCCUACUCCCCCCGGAGCUUUGAGGACUGCGGAGGCGGCUACACCCCAGACUGCAGCUCCAACGAGAACCUCACCUCCAGCGAGGAGGACUUCUCCUCCGGCCAGUCCAGCCGCGUGUCCCCAAGCCCCACCACUUACCGCAUGUUCCGGGACAAGAGCCGCUCUCCCUCGCAGAACUCGCAGCAGUCCUUCGACAGCAGCAGCCCUCCCACGCCGCAGUGCCAUAAGCGGCACCGGCACUGCCCGGUUGUUGUGUCCGAGGCCACCAUAGUGGGCGUCCGCAAGACCGGGCAGAUCUGGCCCAAUGAUGGGGAGGGCACCUUCCAUGGAGACGCAGAUGGCUCGUUCGGAACACCACCUGGGUAUGGCUGCGCUGCAGACCGGGCAGAGGAGCAGCGCCGGCACCAAGACGGGCUGCCCUACAUCGAUGACUCACCCUCCUCAUCGCCCCACCUUAGCAGCAAGGGCAGGGACAGCCGAGAUGCGCUGGUCUCAGGAGCCCUGGAGUCCACUAAAGCGAGUGAGCUGGACUUGGAAAAGGGCUUGGAGAUGAGAAAAUGGGUCCUGUCUGGAAUCCUGGCCAGCGAGGAGACCUACCUGAGCCACCUGGAGGCACUGCUGCUGCCCAUGAAGCCUUUGAAAGCUGCUGCCACCACCUCUCAGCCGGUGCUGACGAGUCAGCAGAUCGAGACCAUCUUCUUCAAAGUGCCUGAGCUCUACGAGAUCCACAAGGAGUUCUAUGAUGGGCUCUUUCCCCGCGUGCAGCAGUGGAGCCACCAGCAGCGGGUGGGCGACCUCUUCCAGAAGCUGGCCAGCCAGCUGGGUGUGUACCGGGCCUUUGUGGACAACUACGGAGUUGCCAUGGAAAUGGCCGAGAAGUGCUGUCAGGCCAAUGCUCAGUUUGCAGAAAUCUCUGAGAACCUGAGAGCCAGAAGCAACAAAGAUGCCAAGGAUCCUACAACCAAGAACUCUCUGGAAACUCUGCUCUACAAGCCUGUGGACCGUGUGACGAGGAGCACGCUGGUCCUCCAUGACUUGCUGAAGCACACUCCCACCAGCCACCCUGACCACCCCUUGCUGCAGGACGCCCUCCGCAUCUCACAGAACUUCCUAUCCAGCAUCAAUGAGGAGAUCACACCCCGACGGCAGUCCAUGACGGUGAAGAAGGGGGAGCACCGGCAGCUGCUAAAGGACAGCUUCAUGGUGGAGCUGGUGGAGGGGGCCCGCAAGCUGCGCCAUGUCUUCCUCUUCACCGACCUGCUUCUCUGCACCAAGCUCAAGAAGCAGAGCGGAGGGAACACGGCUCUUGGGUUCUUGACAGCAGUGACAUCAGCCGUGGAAGGUUGUGGCAUCUCCCCACAGAGGGCGAACAAGGGCAGCAAGGCCACGGAGAGGCUGAAGAAGAAGCUGUCGGAGCAGGAGUCGCUGCUGCUGCUCAUGUCUCCCAGCAUGGCCUUCAGGGUACACAGCCGUAACGGCAAGAGUUACACGUUCCUGAUCUCCUCUGACUAUGAGCGUGCAGAGUGGAGGGAGAACAUCCGGGAGCAGCAGAAGAAGUGUUUCAAAAGCUUCUCCCUGACAUCCGUGGAGCUGCAGAUGCUGACCAACUCGUGUGUCAAACUGCAGACGGUCCACAGCAUUCCACUGACCAUCAACAAGGAAGAUGAUGAGUCUCCGGGGCUCUAUGGGUUUCUGAAUGUCAUCGUCCACUCAGCCACUGGAUUUAAGCAGAGUUCAAAUCUGUACUGCACCCUGGAGGUGGAUUCCUUUGGGUAUUUUGUGAAUAAAGCAAAGACGCGCGUCUACAGGGACACUGCUGAGCCAAACUGGAACGAGGAAUUUGAGAUCGAGCUGGAGGGCUCCCAGACCCUGAGGAUACUGUGCUAUGAAAAGUGUUACAACAAGACGAAGAUCCCCAAGGAGGACGGCGAGAGCACAGACAGACUCAUGGGGAAGGGCCAGGUCCAGCUGGACCCACAGGCCCUGCAGGACAGAGACUGGCAGCGCACCGUCAUUGCCAUGAAUGGGAUUGAAGUAAAGCUCUCGGUCAAGUUCACCAGCCGGGAGUUCAGCUUGAAGAGGAUGCCAUCCCGAAAACAGACAGGGGUCUUCGGAGUCAAGAUCGCCGUGGUCACCAAGAGAGAGAGGUCCAAGGUGCCCUACGUCGUGCGCCAGUGCGUGGAGGAGAUUGAGCGCCGCGGCAUGGAGGAGGUGGGCAUCUACCGCGUGUCCGGAGUGGCCACCGACAUCCAGGCGCUGAAGGCAGCCUUCGACGUCAAUAACAAGGACGUGUCGGUGAUGAUGAGCGAGAUGGACGUGAACGCCAUCGCAGGCACGCUGAAGCUCUACUUCCGUGAGCUGCCCGAGCCCCUCUUCACCGACGAGUUCUACCCCAACUUCGCUGAGGGCAUUGCUCUUUCAGACCCGGUUGCAAAGGAGAGCUGCAUGCUCAACCUGCUGCUGUCCCUGCCAGAGGCCAACCUGCUCACCUUCCUUUUCCUUCUGGACCAUCUGAAAAGGGUGGCAGAGAAGGAGGCAGUCAAUAAGAUGUCCCUGCACAACCUCGCCACGGUCUUUGGCCCCACGCUGCUCCGGCCCUCGGAGAAGGAGAGCAAGCUCCCUGCCAACCCCAGCCAGCCCAUCACCAUGACCGACAGCUGGUCCUUGGAGGUCAUGUCCCAGGUCCAGGUGCUGCUGUACUUCCUGCAGCUGGAGGCCGUCCCUGCCCCGGACAGCAAGAGACAGAGCAUCCUGUUCUCCACCGAAGUCUAAAGACCCCCGUCCAUCUCCAGGAGGCGGAUAGAUGGCCUGGAAACCUGUGGCUAAUGGGGCCAUCCGUAGAGCGGGAAUUAAACCUUCCUGCGGUAUCCUUGGGCCACCCCCAAGCGGCGGGCCAUCUGCCAAGAGACAGCCACCCAAAGCAGAAGGACAGCUGGCCUGGGGAGAUCCCAGCCAGGUCUGGGUGCCCCAGGCAGGCCUCAGACUGUGGUUUUGCACACAGCCACCCGAGGGCGCCCCAAGCCAGUGCAUCUCAGAGUCCAGGCCUGGCCCUGGGGGACAGGGUGAAGGGAGUGGUUUUUAUGAACUGAACUUAUCAGAAUUUAAAAGAUUUCUACUGGAUCAUGUGUCAAGAUGCGCCCUCUCCGGGGAGAAGGGAGCGUGGCCGGAUUCCCUCACUGUUGUAUCUUGAAUAAACGCUGCUGCUUCAUCCUG